UGUUUCCCGACACAGGCGACACAUGCUAGUUAGAAACACGGGAUUUAUUUUGAUUUGUCACUAAAUAUUAACAAAAGCAACACGCCUUUAACGUUAUAACAGCUGGUUUGCUUAAGUUCGCAGCUGUUUGUUCAAUAUUUAGUGUUGAAUUGGCGUAAAUAUCGGUUGUUUUUGUGGUUUAUCGAGGCGUUCGCAGCGGCCGCCUUCGUCUUUCCUUUUCAGUCAAGAUGGCGGGCGACGAGUCUGGCACAACUCUGGGGCAGCCGCAUCUGUCCAAACAAGACCUCACCACUUUAGACGUGACCACACUCACACCUCUGUCUCAAGAGAUCAUCAGCAGACAGGCCACGAUCAACAUCGGCACCAUCGGUCAUGUGGCUCACGGUAAAUCCACGGUGGUCAAAGCGAUCUCCGGAGUCCACACCGUCAGGUUCAAGAACGAGCUGGAGAGAAACAUCACCAUCAAGCUCGGCUACGCUAACGCCAAGAUUUACAAACUGGACGACCUGAGCUGUCCACGACCCGAGUGUUACCGCUCCUGUGGCUCCAGUACUCCAGACGAGUUCCCCACAGACCUGCCCGGGACCCAAGGGAACUUCAAACUGGUCAGACACGUGUCGUUCGUGGAUUGUCCGGGUCACGAUAUUCUCAUGGCGACGAUGUUGAACGGAGCGGCCGUGAUGGACGCCGCUCUGCUGCUCAUCGCGGGAAACGAGUCGUGUCCUCAGCCUCAGACGUCCGAGCAUUUGGCCGCCAUCGAGAUCAUGAAACUGAAGCACAUCCUGAUCCUCCAGAACAAAAUCGAUCUGGUCAAAGAGUCUCAGGCCAAAGAACAGUACGAGCAGAUCCUGGCCUUCGUGCAGACUCUUAAAUGUUGUGGUGUAAUUCCAGGCACGGUGGCAGAGGGCGCUCCCAUCAUUCCCAUCUCGGCGCAGCUCAAGUACAACAUCGAGGUGGUUUGUGAAUACAUCGUGACGAAGAUCCCCGUGCCCGUCAGAGACUUCACCUCCGAACCGCGGCUCAUCGUGAUCCGAUCAUUUGACGUGAACAAACCGGGGUGUGAAGUGGACGACCUGAAGGGAGGCGUGGCAGGAGGCAGCAUCCUCAAAGGCAUCCUCAAGGUGGGUCAGGAGCUGGAGGUGCGUCCGGGCAUCGUGUCCAAAGACCAGGACGGUAAACUCAUGUGUAAACCCAUCUUCUCCAAAAUCGUGUCUCUGUUCGCCGAACACAACGACCUGCAGUACGCUGCCCCCGGAGGACUCAUCGGCGUGGGCACAAAGAUCGACCCGACGCUGUGCCGCGCCGACAGGAUGGUGGGGCAGGUGCUCGGGGCGGUGGGCGCUCUGCCCGAGAUCUUCACCGAACUCGAGAUCUCGUACUUCCUGUUACGACGACUGCUCGGAGUGCGCACGGAGGGAGACAAGAAGGCCGCCAAGGUCCAGAAGCUGUCGAAGAACGAGGUCCUGAUGGUGAACAUCGGCUCUCUGUCCACCGGGGGCAGGGUGAGCGCGGUCAAGGCCGAUUUGGCGAAGAUCGUCCUCACAAACCCGGUGUGCACGGAGGUGGGAGAGAAGAUCGCCCUGAGCCGCAGAGUCGAGAAGCACUGGCGUCUGAUCGGUUGGGGGCAGAUCCGCAGAGGAGUGACCAUCACCCCGACCGUGGACGACGACUGAAGCUGCGCCGCCGCCUCCUGCUUUAUUUUAUUUAGUUUUUUUAUUAUUUCGCUUCAACAGUUUCCUCCUUUUGUCCAAAGACACGAGGUCGAGACUGAAUCUUCUCCAACAUCUCCAGAAGAACACACACAUCUGUCUGUCAAUAAACUCAUUUGGACGAAA